UCAAUAACAAGAGUUUUAACACUCAAUCACACGUACAGUUUUACAGCGUGCAGCGACUACAUUUUGAUUAAUAAGACUUGUGAAAAUAUACAUAAUCUGUAUCGACACACGCUGCCCUACGAACAGCUGAUAUUACGUGUUUCCUCUCUGAUGUCUGGCAACCCGGACCAAAGGCUGGCCAGCUGAUCGCAGUAAACAGCUCCUGACAGGCUGCUGGAGGUGUUUGUCUCUGCCAUGCCCAAGCCCGGAUGACCCGAGCGGACUCAUCGAUAACAGGAUCCAGACUUCCAGCUCCUUAUGGCUGUGUAUGAUGAGAACAUCCUGAAGAACCCUUUCUACGUGGCGUUGGAGAAGCAGAGACCGGACCUCUGCAGCCGAGUGGCAGAGCUCCACGGCAUUGUUCUGGUGCCUUGUUGUGGAAGUUUGAGCGUCAGCAGCUCCUCAGACUCUCGGUUCGACAGCUACGUCCUGCAGCCUGUGGAGGAUGGAUACCGGACUGUGGAUGGAAAGGAGGUCAGGAUCCAGGACAGGCAGGUCCUGCUGGGAUCCGGCUUCCCGGCUCCGGCGUCCAUCCCCAUCCUGUUUGAGGAAACCUUCUACAACGACCAGGAGCAGAGCUACAGCAUGCUGUGCAUCUCCAGGCCCGUCGAGGUGGACCCGAGCCCGGAGGAGCUCGGCCCGCCGCCACCCUACUGUCUGAAGAGCCUGGAGGACGUCAGGGAGUUCCUGGGUCGCCACGCCCAGAAACUGGACAAAUUCAUCCAGGGCUUCUGUCAGACCUUCAAAGAGCAGGAGAGGAAGGGACUCCGACACCACAUCGACUCGGUGAACGGCCUUUACACUAAAUGUCUUCAGUGUCUGCUGAGAGACUCUCGCCUGAGACUUCUGGCGAAGCAGGAGCUUCAGAUGACUCUUCUCAAACAGGCAGUAGAGAUGUAUGUUCAUCAUGGUAUCCAUGAUUUAAUUUUUAACUUUGUGGGAACGCUGGAAGCCAGCCAGGACGCUGCCUUCAACAAAACCAGCAGGAGUCUGCAGGACCUGCAGCAGAAAGACCUGGGAGUCAAACCUGAGUUCAGUAUAAACUUGUCUCGGGCAAAGAGAGAGCUAAGUCAGCUCAACCAGCACACCUCCCCGCUCCUCAAACUGCUUUGCCUACGCAGAGUGGCCCUGACCGCCAUCCAGACCCCCAGACGCACCGUCAGUAUAGAGGCUGUGUGUGCGGACGACCUGCUGUCUGUCACACUCUAUCUGCUGGUGAAGACAGAAAUCCCCAACUGGAUGGCUAACCUGAGCUACAUCAGGAACUUCUGCUUCAGCCACUCCAGUAAAGAUGAGCUCAGCUACUGUCUGAGCACCUUCGAGGCCGCAGUGGAGUUCAUCAACCUGGGGAAGCUGCAGGACACACACCAUGGCUCAGGUGAGCUGAAUGACAAGGCGUUGUUCAAAGAGAGGAUGAGUCUGCUGUCUCAGAGCACCGCCACGCCCAUCCACUGUCUGUUUGAGCACAUAGCGAAUGGAAACGAAGCGGAGGUGGAACGUCUGCUGAGUGAAGGUGAAAGCAACGAGGACGUCAGGAUGUGUCAUCCCCUCUGCUCCUGUGACCUCUGUGACCUCCAGCUGUCGGGGCGGUUGAACGACCCGUCCAUCGUCACACCUUUCUCCAGAGAUGACCGAGGUUACACGCCGCUGCACGUCGCCGCGAUCUGUGGUAAGUCUCAGCUGAUCGAUCUGCUGGUGCGUAAAGGGGCGCCGGUCAACGCCACAGACUACCACGCCCUCACACCGCUGCAUCUGGCCUGCCAGCGGGGAUACCAGGGAGUCACGCUGCUGCUGCUGCACUACAAGGCCAACACAGACGCUCAGGACAACAACGGAAACACACCGCUGCACCUCGCCUGCAUGUACGGACACGAGGACUGUGUGAAGGCGUUGGUGUACUACGACGUCCAAAUGUGCCGUCUAGACCUGCAGAACGAUAAAGGGGACACGGCGCUGCACAUGGCGGCCCGCUGGGGCUACGAGGGAAUCAUCCAGGUGCUGCUGGAGAACGGAGCGAGCACGGACAUCUUCAACAAGAGCAAAGACUCGCCGCUGCAGUGUGCGCUCAACUCCAAGAUCCUCAUGGUGUUGCAGUCGACUCAGAGCGGCCGGCAGCGCAGCGGAGUCGAUUCUCCCAGCCGAUCCCCUCAGGCCUCAGACUGCAGCAGCCGUCGCUCCUCCGUCUCCAGCACCUCCUCUCUGGGCUCCGAGGCCAAACCAGAGGAAGAACGGGUCCGACACAGAGAGGUGGAGAAGCUGCUGCGUGCCGUGGCAGACGGGGACGUGGAGAUGGUGCGUUACCUGUUGGAGUGGAUAGAAGACGAAGAGGAGGAUGAAGGAGAGCUUCGGUCCGAGGCUCAGCUCUGCCACCCGCUGUGUCAGUGUCCGAACUGCGCUCCCACUCAGAAGCUGUCUGUCCUGCAGGCCGGAGCGCUCGGCGUUAACAGCUGUAACGCUGAGGGUUUCACGCCGCUCCACGUCGCCGCCCUGCACGGCCACUCCGCGCUGGCCGCCCUGCUCAUCCGCCACGGAGCCAACGUCAACGCCCGCACCAACAUGAGCGCCACUCCGCUUCACCUGGCCAGCCAGAACAGCCACAUCCAGGUGGUGAGGUUGCUGCUUGAGUGUAACGCCAAGCUGAACAAGAAGGAUCACUAUGGCAAUACACCUCUAAUACAAGCCUGUCUCUGUAGAAACCUGGAGACGGUCAGCAUCCUGUUACAGAGUAAUGCGCUGGUGAAUGUGGUGAACCUUCAGGGGAACACGGCCCUCCACGAGGCGGUGCGCGGCGGACACCAGGCGCUGGUGGAGCUGCUGCUGAGGGGCGGAGCCUCGGCCGGCAUCAGGAACAAGAGGCAGAGGACGCCGCUGGACUGCGCCUACGAACUGGGCGGCAAGAACACGGAGAUCCUGAGAGCUCUGCAGAAAGCGUCUGGACUUUCUCCCGAUGCUGAACCAAUCAAACUCCUCUCUGUGCCCAAAGGAGCUCUGGCUCAUUCGUUCGUCCAGUGCCUGAGGCUGCAGGAUCACGCAAACGGCAGGAGGCAGAAGUUGUCCCAGACCAGGAUUCAGCAGAUGAAGAAAGGUUCCUCUGGUCCUCCACACAGGAGUUCAGCCCUGAACCAGGGGAAUCCAGACAAGAGGAGGUUGAGGCGAGGGGAGACGGUGGAAGUCAGCAGCCCCUCAGCAAGCCUGGACGCCGGGCCCCGGCUGAGAGAGCGGCCCCUGGGUCGCUGUCACACCCUGGACUCAGGAGAACAAACGCCGGAGCAGCCGGAGCAGCCGGAGCCGACACAAACUCCCCAAACGACUCCGACGCCCGGAGUCGGUACACAGCCUGACACCGACGAUACGCACUCCGCUGACGACUCUAACUGCAGCAGCGGCGGCGAGGCUUCCCCAUCCUCGCCGUACAAUGUGCCUCCUACACACACCUCAACCAAUGACCGUGAGUCACGUGACCCCACCGAGCCGUCCGAGACCAGCCGUCAGAGUCCCUGCCCUCUAAAUGGAGAGCUGGAGUCGUCCGGCGACCGGACUCAUAACGAUAAAGAGGCUUUGCAGUCAGAAGGCGAAGACGGAGACUCCAGUCCCACCUGCCCCGCUGACCUCCACCCCACAAUCCAGACUGAUGGAGGCGAUCAGAGAGACGCCACCCAAACACCAGAGACGAGUCGAAUCACGGAGGCGGCGACUGAAAUGGAGGCGCUGUGAGGAUUUGUGAUGAUGGAGGAGUCGCACAAAAACUGAAAGUCUGCCAAAAGGUAAAACGAAAGCACACAGCUGGAGAUCAGAUGUGACAGCGGCUCCAGCUGCACCUGAAAACAUUUCUUUCAACGCUUUUAAUCCUGCAGAAACAAAGCAGACGUGCAAAAUCGAACACGGUUAAAGAGUCGGUUCACCCAACUUACAAGACAAUAUAUUUUCUCACUUAUCCCUGCUGCAGAUAAGUUUGGUUUCAGGAUCAAACCGUGUCCCCCGUUACUCUGGAUCGUCCACAGAACACACAGCCAUUUUCAUACGGACUGUUUCUUUGGUAGGAAGUAGUUGAAGUGAAAAAUCCAAAAUGACUGUGGACGUUGCCGUUUAAUCAUUUAAAUGACACGUUAAACGCUGUGAGAAGCACAAACAAAAUGCCCAUUCACCUCCGUUGUGUUGGUGUGGAGGCACAAGGGGGAAAAAGCAAAGACCUUCAUCAGUCUGAAGACAAAUAAACCCAACACUAUCUGCACAGCAGGAAAGUGAGAAGAUGUGAUCUUAAUUUGGGCGUACUGUCCCUUUAAAGUCACAGUGACACUUGUUUAAAUGCAGUUUUCUGUGUUGUGUUAUGUCACCUAAUAGCAACCACAAAUGUCUAAAUUCCCUCCUGGUCACAGCUGAUGUUUGAACACAGCCGACAGCUUCCAGGAGCUUUUUCUGUGUCAGUAAAUUGACUCAGGUGACAGAAAACAGCAGAAUCCAUUUCAGUUUUAUUUUGUUAAACUAAAUGUGGAUCAGUUGAACCUAGGUCUGAACGUCCCGCCUGUCUCAUCAAAUCCAGCUACCUUUCCUUCAUAGUGAUUUACUCUUGUAUUUGUUAGUUUAAAGGGAAAAGAGCAUCGAUGCUUUAGAAGACGCUUUAUUGCACCCAAAUUCCCCAAACUACUAAAAACAGCUGAAAAAGAUUUUGUACAUUUCAGAUCAGAUAUUGGGGAAGAACCUUUUGAUUGAUCAUUUCCUGCAUUAUGUCUCAGCUCUGCGUCCUUAAAACAGCAGCAUUUCACUGUGACCGGUGAGCGGAUGUUGUGACGGUAACCUGAACGGACUUCCUGCAGCCUGAAGAGGUCUGCGGCCUCAGUGGCUCCUCCUCCUCCUCUCGCCUGAGUUUAAAGCACUUUUUUCUUCUUCAAGCCUUCAAAAGAAAGAAAAAGGGAUGCAAAUGGAUGUUAUUUUGGUUGUUGCUUUAGUUUUGUUUCGAGUGUCUCGACUGUAGCUGUGGAGCAGCAGACUUCAUUUUUUGUUUUUCUUUUACUUGAAUACUAGAUGUUUGUUGGCUCUUCCUUCAGCACCGUAUUACUCCACUUAUAUUUUUAUUGGGAUAGUUUUAUGUUAUUUAUGACCUUAGUUGAUGGUCGUGUGUUCAGAGAGGUUCGGCUUCUCCUGAACGUUAGAAUGUGUUAUUUCUCCACAUAGAGCAAGUUAAAGGAUCGCAGAGCUGGUUUUUAUAGCCGUUAAUAGCAAAUCAUAUAUUUUACCACCCUGCUAUUUUCAAAAUCAUUUCCCUCCUUUCAACCAUUGAUUUUAGUUUAUUUCUGAGAGAAUCAGCUUGCGGAGACUUAAAACCUGCUGCAGGUAGAUGAGCCCUCGCAGCCAGAGUUACAUUAUCACUCCAAGAGUAUAUUUAACACAGGAGUGUCCUGACCAAGAAAGCUGCACAUGGAUCAAAUCGGUUAAAAAAUACCUGAUAAAAAAUCAAAAGAAUACUAAAAGGUCACCAUAAUAAAAAGAAAUUAAAUAGCCGUAAACAAUACCAACCCUUUAUGAUGCAUUCAAGGACACUGACAACAAAAAAUGACUAACGUAAUAUGAAAAAUGAUGAGAGAAUGAACGUGUUUGUUUCAUCGCAUUUCAAACGUGUUACUUUUCUGCAGUCUGCUCGGUCCAAGCAUCCUUGAACGCACCACAAAGGGAAAGUCUUAAAAACAGCCGCUGUAAUGCCAAGAUUUUGACAAGUGACAAGAAAAGACUGGAGGAUAAUUUGGAUUAGCGAUUUAGUUUUUAAAGAAAAAUGAUUGUCCAAAAUAAAAAAGGUUCCCAGCAAAUUGUAGUUAACAAUAGAGAUUAAAAUUAUUAGCUGAUCAAUAAUUUAGUUGACCACCGGAAAAGAAGCGGCUGCUUUUCUCUGUUUUAUAAAAAUUUAAAAUGAAUAUCUGUACGUUUCAGACUGUUGAACAUAAAGUUUUUAUUUUGGGAUCUGGGAAAUUGUGAUGAACAUUUUUACUAUUUUCUGCCAUUUAAUAAACAAUUAAUUGAUUAAAAGAGAAAAUUAAUUGGCAGAAGAAUUGAUAUUUAGUAUUUGAUUUUUAGUUAAAAACAAAUAAAUUAGAUGAACUUAUUUUUACAUGACGCAGCUGGUCAGAUAUAAUGCAGAACAGUAAAAUGCAUUAAGUUGGUCAAUAUGAUGAUCUCACAUUCACUUUUAAGAUGGAGUAUUGAUUAUAUAAUUCAUUAUUGAUGGUUUCAAGUUGUUUUUUCUGAGAUGAACUGAACGCAUCGGCAGCCGGCAGGUAGAUCGAGCUGAUUAUGUAAAACAUACAGAAGUUAAUCAGCAAAAUAAAACAUGCAAAACCUCCAGUUUGGUCCUUUAACGUCAGAAGAUGUUUCAUCUUAUUUAAAACGGCUACGUUAGAAUAUACGAGCUGCAGUACUGUAUAAGUGUCCCCAUCAGUGUUACUGUUCACACUAACGUCGCGUGUCCACUUCACGUAGUGUGUUUGAUUGCAGACCGUUUCGGUGAGGAUGAAGCUUCGGUUCAAACUGACCUCGACCUCUUUGGGCCUCUGUUCUUUGAGUGUUGGUCGGCGUUUGUUUCCACUCUCCUCCGAUGUGACAGGACUGACUGAGUCUUUGCGUUUCAGUGUCAAAUUGAAUCUGAAAGGAUGUCAAACGCAGUCAGAAGUCAAGUCUUAUUAUUUUGUACCACUGUUGUUAUUUUCAGGUUUGGAUGUUUAACGAUGAUGUGAAUGUGCCUUAUUUAAUUCACGCCCAAAUAACCAAUAAUAAACCGUUGAGACUAAUUUA